AUGUGCUGACUCCUGCCCUGACCCACAGGCCCAGCUGCUUUUCAGCACCAGCAUGUAUAAAUAGGUCCGUUUACUCUGGGGUCAGGACAUCGUUUUUGUGGAGCCCCCUGUGAGCACUGCACCGCUAUUCUUUGGGGCCGGUCAGGUAAAUCAGCAUUGAGACACACAGUAGCAUGGCUCUGAAUAAUCCCAACCCACUGGGACCAUGGAAGAUCACAGUUUAUGACCAGGAGAACUUCCAGGGGAAGCGUCUGGAGUUUACCUCAGCCUGCCAGAACAUCAUGGAGUGCGGCGUUGACAACAUCCGCUCCCUGAAGGUGGAGUGCGGAGCCUGGGCAGGAUAUGAGCACUCCAGCUUCUGUGGACAGCAGUUUGUGUUGGAGAGAGGAGAGUAUCCUCACUGGGAGUCGUGGAGCGGCAGCAACGCCUACCACAUUGAGAGGAUGAUGUCCUUCCGCCCCAUCUGCUCUGCUAACCACAAGGAGUCCAAGAUGGUUUUGUUUGAGAGGGAGAACUUCAUGGGACGCCAGUGGGAGAUAAAUGAUGACUACCCGUCUCUGCAGGCCAUGGGCUGGGGCAACAACGAGAUUGGAUCCAUGCAAGUUCAGAGCGGCUCCUGGGUGUGCUAUCAGUUUCCAGGUUACCGUGGUUACCAGUACAUCAUGGAGUGUGAUCGUCAUGGCGGCGAGUACAAACAUUACAGAGAGUGGGGCUCCCAUGCUCAGUCCUUCCAGGUGCAGUCGCUGCGUCGAAUCCAGCAAUGAGACCUGCAGCCUCCCCUCCCAGCCUCUCACUCUUUACCUCCUCCAGCUCCUCCUCCUCCUCCUCUUCCUCCCCCCUUCACCCAGUCAUUCCAAGCUUUAGCCAGCUCUGUCAGACCUCAGUGAGCUGAGGCUGACGCUCCGCCGGUGCUUCACAAUCAAGAUGUUUACCACACUUUUGUUUCGUUCUGUUGCCAAAUGAAGCUAAAGAGAAACGAUGGAAAGAGUUCAGGAAGGAAAGAAACGGUCACUGAAGAGAAACGCCUGACUGACGCCCCACUGAGGAGAGAUGAGGAGGAAGUUAAAGGCCUCACGGCGGCAGGGUGGAGGUGUCAUGUUGCUUCUCGUAUUUGUGGGUAAAGAUGGUGCUACCAGUGAUCAGUAAAGAAGGAAUGGGCAACAUAAAAUAAACAGAAACUCAAGAGUCUGCUGCUAA